GGGGAGCUAUUAAACCGACGCAGCUCGGCGGGCAGGCAGACAGAUGAGAGGACUCUACUGACGCCGCCUGCAACCUGAAACACAGAGUGCUAGAAGGCCCAUUCCCCAGCGGGACAGUCGAACAGCGCGCUUCACCCCUUGACCCGUGAGGAGCAUCAGCCGGAGUCGCCGCCUCGAGAGUCUGCAAUCGUCUGGAAAGAUGCUGCUCCUUCUACUGGGAAUCUGCCUGCUGCACGUCGCUGGUCUGGUUCUGCUGUUCGUGUCCACAAUCGUCAGCGUAUGGACGUCAAGUGAAACCAGCACCUCAGACCUCUGGAUAAACUGCUCCACGGCCAAUGGAGGAUACCACUGUGACCCGGCAACAAGUGGAGAGUGGAUUCAGGCGGUCCAGGCUCUAAUGAUCCUAUCCAUCAUCUUCAGCUGCCUGUCUCUCUUCCUCUUCUUCUGCCAGCUCUUCACUCUGCAGAAGGGCGGACGCUUCUUCAUCACUGGAACCUUCCAGAUCCUCGCCAGUUUGUUCGUGAUGAGCGGAGCCAUCAUCUACACGGUGAUGAGUCCGGCGUGGGUGCCGGAGGCCAACGCCUUCGGCUACUCCUACAUCCUGGCGUGGGUGGCCUUCCCCUUGGCGCUGAUCAGCGGACUCAUCUACGUCAUCUUGAGGAAGCGAGAAUGAGCCGUCACACCCCCCCCCCAAAGGCCCCCGGCGUUUUCCCCCAGUUAAAAAGAAAAAACCAACCAAAAAAAACCAACCAACCCCCUGCCCAGCUGCAAGUGUCAUCAGUUCACGUGUGAAGCAUAAGUUGUGAUGUCUUGAGUAACCAACACAGCCAGGUCACACCCGGGGAGGGUGGGCGGGCCAGGGGGGGCGGGGCUAACACCGACAAACAACACGCAAACCGACACAAAAACAACCAAUACUGUCUCAUUUAAAAGAUGUAUAUAGUAUCUAUGGUUUAAAACCUAUUUAUAACACUUUUUACAUAUAUGUACAUAGUUUUUUCGUGUCGCUCCGUCGACAAGACGCUUGUAUGAGCUUUUUUUUUUCGUUUUCAGCUGAUUAAGUGCCUGUUUGUUUGUAAUGAUGAAAUAAUCAGAUGCUAUUUUUUUUUGUGUUGUGUGUUUUUCUUUUCUUUUCUUUUCAUUUUCGUUUUGUUUCGGUAGCUGCCAAAGAAUCGGUCAAAAUGAAAGAAUAAAAAACGUUUCCUGAAGGAAUAUUAACCAAAGCGCAUGUAUAGAAAUAGAACGAGUGGUAACAUCCGUGGACGUAGCAUAGCCAUGAAAUAUAUAGAUUUGGUCCUUUUCUAUUUUUGUGUUGUUUUUUUUUUUUCUUCCUAUUUCUUAUUUUCAACAAAAGAUGGUGCUAUAUAUAUAUUUAUCAUUCCUAUUACUGACAGCGAUCAACCACGACAGAGCUAUUUUGUUAUUUGUUUGGAGAAGGAGGUGCAACGCGAGCGCACGCGGCGCCCGGCGGCUUCUUUAGGGAACACAGCCUGAUUUCACAUUGCAGUGUCUUUAAAAAGGAAAGGAGAAAAAAAGGAUAUUUCCGCUUCGGGUGAUGAAAUUAAAAUUCAUUUUGGAACGUCAGUAUUAUUCUGGAAGUUUGAUCACGGGUGAAUUCACUUCACUGCCUUAUCUUUUAAGCUCGAGCCGCCUCACUCUUUCAUGUUUGUGCUCAACCCCGUGUCAAGAUGUCAGAUCGCCAAUUUUCCAUAGAGCAAUCAGAAACACCGUGGGACAUAGAUUGACCAGAAACAAAUGCCACUCACUUGAAGCCAUAUCAGAAGGAAAAGUACCAGAUGCCAGGAGGAGGAGAGAGAGAGAGAGAGAGAGAGAGAAAACACACAUUUAGUAUUAACGUUUAACCUUGAGGAAAAGGACAGAGAGGUUUGCAGUGAUGAUACCAAAAAAAAAUGUCUGUUUCACAUACUUGAAGUUUGACACGCUGCCGUCUACGUGUUGUUGUCUUUUUCUUUUUUUCUUCCCUCUUCUACCGUGUGUGAGAAAAAACACUGUUCAUAUGUUUUGUGCAUAACAGAUGUUGAUGACAAUCUAAAAGGCCUAAAAAAAAACCCCCUCUUACGCUUACUCAAUAAAACUGCUCUCUAACAACGUGUGUGUUCCACUGUAACGAGGCACUGGAUCAGGAAAUGUACCUAGUGCCGAACAUCAAGUCAUUGUACUGUGGGGAAGAAAUGAAAGUCUGUCAAUGAUAAUAGAUGUUCGCAUCCGUGACAACCCCCGACAGUAGCUGCACCUGCAAGAUGUCAGCAUGUCAAAUAUUGCAUUACACAAGUUUACAGUCCGGUCGGCAUGGUUACAGUGCACGCGACCGUGCUCUGGUUGGAUCAAAUCGUCCCGCCUUCGCACACGUGGGUUUGCAACUGCUGCCCGUGACUUGUGUUACACGCGCCGGCGUAAAAAGGCACUUGAGGGGGUUGUGGGGGGGUUGAUAGGGUUUGGGCCCGGCACCCGAUGCCAGCUAUUCCAAACCCGCGGCUCGAGUUUCGGUGUCAACAGUGUCUCUCUGGCAGCAUCGGGCGUACAGUACCGAGGACGUGGGACUGCGAUCGGUGAGAUCCUGUCGCCUCCCAAAAACAAGGCCCACGCCGUCGGCGGAUGGAUUUCGCAGUAUUCAAUUCAGAUCUUACACUUGACAGUCUGGGUUUUUUUUCCCUCCCCGAUGAAUAUCACUCGGGGUUCAGUUAGAAGAGAUCGCCCUCUAAUGACAACUGCCCCUCUUCGCUCGUGUGUGUGUGUGUGUGUGUGUGCAACUGUCUACUACACCAUGUUUACACCUAAACUUACAAAAAGCACUCUUGAUGUUUACCAAAGCUACUUUUUGGAGUUUAACCAUUAAAGGAUGUUUCUUACCACCA